AACACUCUCCACGAUCAACGCAGCUCUUUCUAGCUCCCAAACCGUCCGGACGAGUCUCGAAGCGAUCUCUGAAUAAUGACGUCCACGAAUUUCGUCUCUCCCGGCCAGCAGCGCUAUCUGCGCGCGUGCAUGGUCUGCUCCAUCGUCAUGACCUACAACCGAUUCCGCGACGAAGGCUGCCCCAACUGCGACGAGUUCCUCCACCUCGCUGGCUCCCAGGACCAGAUCGAAAGCUGCACCUCGCAGGUCUUUGAGGGUGUCAUCACCCUCGCCAACCCUGCGCGCUCGUGGAUAGCAAAGUACCAGCGACUCGACGGCUACGUUCCUGGCAUGUACGCCAUCAAGGUGUCGGGUCAGCUUCCCGAUGACGUUCGGUCGACUCUCGAGGACGAAUACAGAAUACAGUACAUCCCGCGCGACGGUACAGAGGCCGAGGCGGAUGCUUAGAAAGCGUUUUGCAAAGCCCGUCAAACUUGACACUUUUCACUUUUUAUGGCGAAUAAGGCGUUGGAGGAACAGGAGCAGCAGUGAUUCCGUAUAAAGAUAGGAAAAAUAGUGCAUCAUCAUUCGAU